UUAUAAAGAGUAAAGAUUGGGAGCCGAGCCGAGCUGGUCAGGAUGAUCACGGACGUGCAGCUCGCCAUCUUCGCCAACAUGCUGGGCGUGUCGCUCUUCUUGCUUGUGGUUCUCUAUCACUAUGUGGCGGUCAACAAUCCCAAGAAACAGGAAUGAAAGUGGCGCUUUCUCCGCCCCAGGGUUCCAGGACAUAGGCUGAGGCAAGAUGGAGGGUGUGAGGGGCCUUCACACUUCACUUCAUCCCUUCUACCCAUCACAACAUACAAAGCAACUACACCUGGAUUUUUCCAAACAACUUUUAUUUCCUCAAAGUCUUCCUUAACCCUAUGGAACAAGAAGCUGCCACUGAAUAGGGCCCAGUAUAGGGGCUGCUUUUCUACUCCCUCCCCUCCCCCCAAUACAAAAAUAUAU